AUGGGAGGCCGCCAACGAGGUACAGUUAUCACUUAUCAAGCUUUAGCGAUAACGGCUGCAGUUAAGAGAAUUUUCCUGAAUACUAAUCAUCACUAUUACAAGUGGCACAUCAUGGGAAAGUUUAAAACACAUCUAAGCCAUGUUGAGCGCGCACACCCAUUAUUCUUAGAGGUAUUCAAGAAGUGUAUUGCAGCCUACACAAUUGAGCAUUUUGAGGGCGAUUGGUUGGCUACGAUUCAGAAAUAUGAUCUUCAAGAGGAAAGUUGGCUCAAGUUGUUAUAUGGUUGUCGCACUCAAUGGGUUGAUGCAUACAUAGUUGAUAGGUUCACAGCCGGCAUGAAAACCACACAACGAAGGGAAGGGUUUAAUCGUCAUUUAAAGAUGUUUGUCGCUUCUGGUACAGGUUUGCAAAACUUCAUGAAUACUAUUGAAAAGUUGCAAAACAAUAAGUUCAUCAAAGAAAAAGAGAAAAACUGUAAAGAUCUUACAUCCACACCUAUUCUAAUAACAGCCUUCCUUAUCGAGGAGCAUGCAGCAAAGACAUACACUCAAAAAGUAUUUAGAAAGUUCCAAGAAGAGGUAGUAAGGUCCUCAAAUUGCCUUAGCAAGUUAAUAGAAGACAAUGAUGACUUUGCCAAAUAUAAGGUGAAAGACAUUGGUGGUGUAUCAAUCCCUCGGACUGUUACAUUCAUUGAAUCAGAGAAGAAGUGUACAUGCUCAUGUUAG